AUGUGUUCGUAUUCAUUCAUUCGUCGCCUUUCUCCUGUAGAAAAAAGUCAUCGACCCUCUCUACCAUUCCCAAAUCACGUUCCGAAACGCCCAUCCCCUCACAUUCCGCGAUUAUCUCCACUCGAAGCAGCAUUACCACCCCGACGCCUUCUCCGUUUCCACUCAUUUCUCGGAUAUCGACGCGCUCAACAUGGCGUUCGUGAACCUCGUGGGCCUUCUCCUCAGUCCGUUCAAGCUCUUCUUCGACUUCCUUCGCUACUCCGCGAUCCAAAAACCUUCCGAACCCCACUUCGCGCAUCUCCAAUCGCUCUCUCGCUUCAUGAACAUGCCUCCCAACUCCUCCAUCGCUCACAUCUCCCAGGUGGCUCUCCACACGCCCGACCUCUUCUAUCACUAUUUCUUCGUCUCUGCCGCCAACCGGCCCGCCAGCGCCGAAACUCGUUUCCUCCUCAAAAUGAUCCGCGAAGUCGCGGACCGACAAGCGAUUCUGAGCCAAAUCAAAGAGAGGCUGGAAGGGAAUAACGCGUAUUCGCCCACGGUGAAGUGUCUGCUCAAUCAGAAAGACAAAUGCACGAUGUCUCACUUCGGUCAGUAUGACUACUCGAUUUGCAUUCUGGGAGAAGCGAAACAGGGAAGCGUGCGAUUGGGAACGUGGAAGAUCGACUCUUCGAGGGAUUAUGCUGCGAAUCGAACCGUCGAGUAUAUCGGCGGGCAAUCCUGCUGGAAUGGGAUUGAGAGACGU